AAUCCAAGACACAGCAAUACUGAAUAUAAGGUGCAAUUAGGAGUAGUUCAAGACUGUUUAAACUGUUUUUCAUUCUAUGCACAGAGGUAGGGUUGUACAUGUGCAGUUUGUGCACUUUAGAAGGGUGUAAGUUUACAUUAGGUAAGAUAAGUCCAUUUCCCCCCAAGAUUAGCUCGCUAAUGAUUAAAGAAGAAGCCUUAAUUGGUCACAUAUACAUUACAGAUAAAUUAUUUUCUUUGUAUAUCCCAGCAUGUUAGGAAGUCAGGGUCAGCCAUGACACAGCACCCCAGGAGCACGGAGGGUUAAGGGCCUUACUCAAAGGCCCAACACUGGCAGCUUGGCAGUGCUGGGGCUUGAACCCCCAACCUUAUGAUCAGUAACCCUGAGCCUUUGAGAUAUGUAGAACAUGCUUUUAAAAAUAACCGAAUUCAUCAAAUCGAGGCCUUGUCAAAAGUUUGGAAAACAGUCUUCCGAUCUGGAAAGCUUGUUUGUGUUUGGAUGCGUUUCCUAUCAUUCAUUUUAUUGUUCACUCUAUAGGCCACUGCAGAAUCUGGAGCUUCAUAGGGGUGGGGGGGUGGUGGUGAAGGAUAAUCUUACCUAAUGUACUUUUAAGUAGGUCUGGGUGAAAGCCCCAACAGGUUUGCUCAAACACAUAAUACUUUUGUCCUGAUGUUAGGGUUUAACAAUUAUUAUUUACGUCCUACAUAUUUUGCAGGUUAUUUGUAGUCGUACAAGUAAGAAAUAAUAAUAAAAAACCAACUGCACUUUUUAAGGGCUAGAAAAAAUACAGACAGACUGGUAAAGUAGCAAUAAGAUUUUUGUAGGUCUGAUCUGUUCCCUAAAAGAUACCUUUCUACCACUGAGUACCAUUUUGAUUCAACUAAUUGAAAUUAUUAUCUAGUCUAUGAUUGGACGAACCACUCAGAAACACAACUGCUACAACUGAUUAGUUUCAUAGUGAGCAGGGAAGGGUUGCAUGGCAUUUUCUGCGUGUAACUUCGGUCGGUGCAACGCCGUGUUUACAAUGGGAGCGCGGGGGAGCGGGUGCACAAAGGGUCUUUGUUGCUCGUCGAUCCAAUCACACGCCGCGGUUAGAUCGCCAUGAGUGCCUCGGCCAAUCAGAAGGCGCGGCGAGACUGUGGAGAAAGGCGUUUCAUUUGGAUGCUGCGAGCGUGCGCGCGCGCUGACCGACUAUGUGUGAAGAAUUCAUCGCCGGCGGAAAAAUGGUCGCGUAGCCUGGUACCACGCGUGCAACCAAAGCCCGAUCUGGACUGACUGGCCACCACGUAAAGCUGUGUUUUCCAAGCUGAACACUGAGAUCUACCAACGCAUGAUGUAAUAACAAUUAUUAUAAUAUAUAUAUUUUAAAAAUCGACAGUUCAGGGAUGGGUAGCGGAACCACGCCUGCCCGAGAUCUGCUCAUAAACAGGUAUGUUACCUGUGGACCUCGGGGACUCAAGGUUUACAAACACAUGUCGUUGUGUAAGGGUUUGGCGUCCACUGUACUCAGCCGCGCGAUGGCAUGAUCACCUGGAGGAUUCACAAAGCCGACGGAGGGCACGUCGAUCACCAGGAAUGCUCGAUUCACGCGGAUGACAACACGGCCGUCUCCGUGACAUUUACACGAUCAGACCGAACUGGUUUUUCUAACCCGCACUGGAUUUAGUCUGCUUUUGGGAUCUUCUCUGCUGCCGGUUUUUAAGCGCGUGCGUGUCGGCGUUCUGGAUCUCAGACAAAGAGCGUCCACAGAGUCGAGUGAAGACUCGGAGAAACCGUUAUGGCCUCUAUUCGCUUAAACGGAUUGGACCAGCUGCCGGAAAACGGGAGUGUAUCGCGAACACCGGAGCCUCAGACCCCGAAGCUGCUCUCUCAGGUGGACACCGCUGUGCUGCCGUUCCUCGGGGGCUUCGGUCGCUUCCAGAAGCGUCUUGUGGUUCUGACAUGGCUUCCUGCGCUGCUCAUCGCCUUCGGUCAGUUCUCGGACUAUUUUCUCCUCGCGCAACCCGAGAGCUCGUGCGCCCACCAGAGCGAUCAGGCACGAAACGGGAGCGGCGUGAGCGCGAGCCCCUUGCCGCCUGGUCUGUUCGGUAACGCGACCCUCGCCGAGAGCAGCAGCAGCGCGCGGUGCAAAUGCGCUGAACCGAGGUUCGAGCUCCAGCUAGGACUGCAGCAGAACGUGGUGACCAAGUGGCAGCUGGUGUGUGAUGAGGAGUGGAAGGUCCACAUCGCUAAGUUCUCAUUGCUGGUUGGCUCCAUAUUUGGUUACCUGCUGAUGGGGGCCAUGGCGGACUGGAUAGGUCGUAUUCCGGUGCUGCUUGUAUCGGUGUUGUCUGUGCUCGUGUUUGGCUUGUGUGUGGCCUUCUCUGUGGACAUGGCCAUGUUUAGUACUCUGCGCUUCUUUCAGGGCUUUUGCCUCGCUGCGAUCAGACUCUCCCUCUAUGUGCUGAGGAUUGAGCUGUGUUUGCCCGCUUGGCGCUUCUCCAUGACGAUGGUUGCCAGUCUGGUGGUGGUGGGCGGGCAGCUGUUGAUGCCGGGUUUGGCAGCUCUGUGCAGAGAUUGGGAGAUUCUUCAGGUCAUCAUCAUUGUUCCAUUUGUCCUAAUGCUUCCUUACAUUUGGGUUUUUCCCGAGUCACUGCGUUGGUUGUUGGCUACGCAGCACUAUCACAGAGCAAAGAGGCAAAUGUACUCCAUUGCCCGAAGUAACAUGGUGGACACUGCGACUGACCCUAAUGGAAUUCUCUCAGAGCUGGAGCGUGAGCUGCAGCAGAAUCCCAGAACCUCCUGUAUCACACAGCUGAGAGGCACACGAAACCUGUGGAAGAGCACUGUAGUGCUCUGUGUCAACUCGCUGACUGGCUAUGGUAUCCACCACUGUUUUGCACGCAGUGUUCUGGAGGGCAGCACCUCUCACCUGCACUAUUUUGCUCUGGCAGGCAUCGCCAUGGCCUCGUGUUUGGUGCUUUGUCCAGUGGUGGCAGCAUUCGGCAGACGAGGCGGCCUGCUCACCUUCAUGAUCAUCACAGCACUGGCUUCAUUACUGCAGCUCGGCCUGCUCAGCUUAAUUGGAAAGUACAGUCUUCGGCACAAUGCAGUUCUCAGGGACACGCUAAAUCAGCGGUUCUCUGCGGCGUUUUCCAUCAUUGGAAUGUUCUCGUCUCAUGCCGUCAGCACACUAAGUAUCUUCUACUGCACAGAGAUCACACCUACAGUCAUCAGGGGUGGAGGCGUAGGCUUGGUCCUGGCUAGCGCAGGCUUCGGCAUGCUAACUGCUCCACUUAUUGAACUUCACAACCAGAAAGGCUUCUUCCUUCAUCAUGUCAUCCUCACAUGCUGCACUCUCCUCUGCAUCAUUUGCAUUCCAUUGCUGCCUGAGACCACCGGCCAACCGCUGCCCGAAUCUCUGGCUGAAGGGGAGGGGCUUUUGCGCAGGCCCCUCCUCCCUGGAGAGCAGCACCAUCUUCUGGCCAGGCAAGAGGUCAGGGAGUACUCUCGCGUUCAGGACACGCCUCUUCAUCAGGUCGUCAAUCCCAGCAAUACCACAGCGCCUAGUAACAGCACAGCGAACGGAGUGAGGACUUGACUGUGUGCGUGUGAUGCAUGAAUCACAGCCAGCCAAAGGCCAUAUGAAGAACAGCGGCAAAGAUCUGAUUGGCCCGCAAGCACAGAGAUGCAUCAUGAGGUUACAAGCACUAAGAUUUCCUAGAGCAUUUUAACCAGUGAAUGAUGUCAAAACUACUGACUACUCAUAAUGUGUCAAACCUCUUAAUCCAGGAGAUAGGAUGUGAAUGUUGUGAAAAUGAAUGUUGACGUAACUUCACUCGAGCAAUGAAUGGAAGUCUAUUUUUCAAAUGACCACUAAGUUCAGGCUGAUGUUGGCAAACUGUCAAGUUGCCUCACAGUUUUUAUGUUUUCUAUAGUUUUGUACUGUCCAGGGAAAAAAAACAAUCAUGUUACUCUUAAUUUGUUAUGCAUGAUGUGUGUAGUCUCAUGCAUGUAUGUGUGUGUGUGUGUGUGUGU